CAGCUGGUCACUCCCCGCACAAACAGUUCUACCACUGCUCGCGCACAAAUUGAACACGCACGCAAGGCAAACGUCCGAGUACUAGUCUGUGAGACCACUGCCUUUCACCGCAGACUAUUUUUGAAUAGGACUGUUGAAAUUAGACUGGGGUCUCGGUGUUAUAUAGGUGCAAUGUUCAGAAUGUUGUUGUGCGGCGUCGCACCUCUUAUUGGGAGGAAUGCAGCUGUCAACGCCUGUUGAAAGCCCAGCGUGUCACUCCUAACAUCUUACGGGGCACCCGAGACGCAGCGAUGGCUAAACGAAGCACAUUGUUCAUCCGAAUAGUGGAAGGGAAAAAUCUGCCCAUCAAGGAUAUCACUGGGAGCAGCGAUCCCUACUGCAUUGUGAGAAUUGAUAACGAGGCCAUUAUAAGGACAGCCACAAUAUGGAAGACGCUGUCCCCUUUUUGGGGCGAGGAGUACAACGUGCAUGUGCCUCCAUCCUUUCACACCGUGUCCCUGCAUGUGAUGGAUGAGGACUCCCUCAGCCGCGACGACGUCAUCGGCAAGGUGUCGAUCAGAAAAGAGGCUCUCACUGCUAAACCACAAGGUCUGGAUUGCUGGAUGAACCUGACUGAGAUAGAUCCAGAUGAGGAGGUCCAGGGGGAGAUCCACCUGCAGAUCUCCUUGCUCGGGGACGGGAAAGUUCCUCGCAGGUUGCGCUGCAGAGUCCUGGAAGCCAGAGAUCUUGCGAAAAAAGACCGCAAUGGUGCCUCAGAUCCAUUCGUCAGAGUCAGAUACAACGGCAAAAGCCAGGAGAGUGUGGUGGUAAAGAAGUCUUGUUAUCCACGCUGGAACGAAAGCUUUGAGUUUGAGCUGGAUGACCCCCUGGCUGACAGCCUUCUCACUGUGGAGGUGUGGGACUGGGACUUGGUCAGCAAGAACGACUUUCUGGGAAAGGUCCUGUUCAGCAUCAACAGGCUUCAGCUGGCGCAGCAAGAGGAGGGCUGGUUUCACCUGGGACCUGACGAACCCAAGCACAGCCAGGACGAAGGCACUCUGGGCUCCCUGCGUCUGCAGCUGAGGCUCCGUGAUGAGACAGUCCUGCCGUCCAGCCAUUACAAGCCGCUCACAGAGCUCCUGAGUCAGUCUGUCGGGACGCACCUCAAUGGUAACUGGCCCGAUCUGAUCAUGCUAAUCGACGAGACAACAACCUCUGAGAACAGGCAGGAAGUGGCCAAUAACCUGGUGAAGCUCUUCUUGGGUCAAGGGCUAAUUAAGGAGUUCCUGGACAUGUUGUUCAAACUUGAGCUGGAAAAGACAACUGAACCCAACACUUUGUUCAGGAGCAACUCUUUAGCUUCCAAAUCUAUGGAAUCCUUUCUUAAGGUGGCUGGCAUGCAGUAUCUGCACAGGCUUCUGGGCCCCACCAUCAACCGCAUUUUCGAGGACAAGAAGUACGUGGAACUGGAUCCUAAUAAGGUGGAGUUGAAAGAAGCAGGGUGUGCGGGGCUGCACCGCGUGCAGACGGAAGCCGACGUGAUCCAGCAGAGCUCGGCUCUGCUCCAGUCGUACUUGUCCGAGCUCAUGGCUGCUCUCCUGCAGUCGGCUCUCUACUGCCCCCUGCUGCUCUGCCAGGCCUUCCAACAGCUCUACCGCCAGGUCCAAGCUCGUUUCCCAGAGCCGGAGUACAGGAAAGUGAAGUUCAUCGCCGUGACAAGCUUCCUGUGCUUACGCUUCAUCUCCCCAGCCAUCAUGUCGCCUAAACUCUUCCACCUGCGGGAGAAGCAUGCGGAUGCCCGCACCAGCCGCACCCUCCUACUCCUGGCUAAGGCGGUGCAGACCGUCGGCAACCUGGACACCCUGGUGUGCUGCUCCAAGGAGCCGUGGAUGGUGCCACUCCAGCCUGCCAUCCAGCAGGGCAUCAGCCAGCUCAAAGACUUCAUCACCCGCCUGGUCUUCUGCCAGGAGUCAGAGGAUUUGGAUCUGCAGACUCGCAUGAGUCUCCGAUGUGGUAGCAUGGAAAAGGAAGGCUUCCUCUUCCUCCACAAGACCAAAGACAAGUGCAUACCCAUGACCUCGCCCUUUAAGAAGUACUACGUGACUCUCAGCAAAGACCUUCUUUCCUAUUCGCGAGCGCAGCAUUCCAAGAAGAGCUCGUUCAUCUCGCUGCCGAAGAUACGGGCGGUGGAGAAGGUGGAGGAGAAGUGCUUUGGCAGCGCCAACGUCAUGCAGAUCAUCUCUAGCGAAGACUCGGGCCAGCAGGAGACGCUCUACCUGGACUGCAAGAGUGUAAAUGAACUGAAUCAGUGGCUUUCUGCUUUACGGAAGGCAUGCAGCCACAAUGCCAACACUAUGAGCUGCUAUCACCCAGGCAUCUACAAAGCUGAGAGAUGGAGCUGCUGCCACCAGAAGGAGAAAACAGACCCAGGCUGUGAUAAGACCCGGCAUGGUGUCACCCUGCAGGAAUGGUAUGAUCCGCUGGAUCCAGACUUGGAAGCGCAACUUAUUUACCGGCACCUCAGCAGUGUCCAGAGCCCCAUGAGGGAUAAAUAUUAUGAACUGAUAAAGCAAGAGGAGGGUGAUGACGCCGACUCCCAAAAAGGUGAGAAGAAGGCGGACGUCCUGACGAGUCUCUUCCGGAUCCUGCAGGACCUACGCGACGCCCAUGCUGCCGUGGAGGCGAAGGAGCGCUUGAAGUACCGGAACGUUUUCCUGGAGCUGCAGACGUAGACAGCAGAGCCCCACAAGGCGGACGCCGUCCAUUGCUCCCUGACCCCACCCCCCACCCCCACCCGUCACUUCAUCGGCAGGGUUUACAGUGGAGAUCUGCCAUCGAGUCGUGGCACCUGGCCAGAAAUCAUUUUGAAAGUCUUUGAGACUCUGGUUACUGGUUGUUAUAUUGAAGCGACUGGUUGUGUCUCGAGGGCUAUUUCCAAAAGCUCUGAUCAAGGACAGACCUAACUGUUCAUUCAGUGCAUAAUUCCCAUCAGUGUGUAUGUCAUGAGCAUACCUGUUAAAGACUAUUAGUGCAACAGGCAAAUAGUUGCCAAUUGCAAAAUCUUGUAUUUUUAUAAAAGUGAUUAGCUGAUUGUUCUUGUUUACAACCAUUUUUUAAAGCUUUUGCCAUCAUAUCUGAUUGGUUGUUCCAUAAAUUACUGUUGUGCAUGCUUUUAUUUUGUGAAAAAGUAUGGAAUGCUUUUGGUUGCAAUUAUACAGAUGUUUACAAUGCAACCGAUGUUUGAAAAAAACUCAAACAUUUCCUGGUCUUAAUUAGUGCAAGGAGACAUGCAUUGACACUCUCUCUUUACUACUUUUAUGUGUUUUUACUGUUUGGCAUUAUUUAUUCCUGUCCAGUUCCCAGGCUCGAAUGGCUCCCAGAAAUGCACAUGCUGCUUCUGAUGGCACAAGGUCAGCCGUGGAGUCUUUUUAAGCUACAUGUUAUCCGUGGCUUUUUGACCCAUGAACUGCACAGAUGCAUGACGGAUUCAUUAUGGGGGAAGGUGAUGGGGCCAGGGAUUGGAAAAGACUUUCUGAUGUGAUGCAUGUCACGAUGCAGAUGUCAUAAUAUGAUACAAAAUGCUACAACACUAUACUGUGAUAUGCAUGAAGUCUUUUUCCUCCCCCUUCUUUUGAUAAACACGUCAGUGCUGGGAGCUCAUAAGCAAGUGAUUGCAAUUGCAUUUUAUUAUGCACAGUGAUGGGAAAUGAAAGAGCAUUGUGCUGGAUGGAAAAUAAAGAUUGCAAGAGAAAAGUGAGUACCUACAAACCUUUUGUUUAAAAUGGACAUGCAGAUUCAUAUAAAUGCAAUUUAUAAUACAGAGCCUAACAAAGGGACCAUUAACAUCCCUCCCGUUCCCUUGGGAAUUCAGCCAAUUGCGUUCCUGCUGGACUCCUGACAAUAUAUGGCAUCUAGCACCCCAGUUUCAUUGGCAGCGUACUACGGAUAUGUCUCUUGGGAGCCCUCAUUUGCACUCAGUAUUGAUACAUUUAUUAAUUAUUAAAAUCUAACCACGUGAAGCAAGUUUAAAAAUGUCUGUUCUUACUGUCAACAUACUUUGUCAUUUCAGGUGUCUAAUUUGUAUUUGUAUCAUGGGCCUAUCUAGUUUGUAUUAUAAACAUGUAUGUAUUGUGUUUUUCUGAUGUUUUGCUUCUGGAUUUUUGUUUUUGUCCUAACCUGAAUGUAGGUUAUGGACACUUUUUAAAAUCUGGACUGAAGGUAACAGCCCCUUUUGUCCACUAGAUGGCUCUAAAGCACUGACGUAUUUAUGACACAUUAUGGACAGUUUUCCUAUAAAACACUAGCCUACACUACAAUGUACAAUGCCUUAGUCAGUGAUGAUCCUGUUUUAAUAUAAGGUUCUUUUGGGAAAGACCUUUUAGAAGUUGUAUUAUAAAUUGUGGAAUUUUGUUUUUAGGGAACUCGGCGUAGAAUAGUUCACAUCAGGCAAAUACAAUAUGACGUUCAGAUGUUUUCUGUACGAUGAAAACCCGUUAGGGUGUGUAUAAUUAUUGUUGUUGAUUUUGUGUGGCUUCGGGGAAGCUGGAUGCUCUCUGAAUUCUUAUUUUAAUUCUUGGAUUAUAUGAAUGCUUUCCUGGUUCUGUGGGUAUAGGCUACAUUCAAGACCAGGAGCUGUUCAUUCAUUCAUGAGGCUUGGAGAAGGCUAAUUUUAGGAUUGUCUGUGUGGUUUGCAUAACGUCGCCUGAAAGGAUUUAUUUUCAUUAUUAUCUUAAUAGAUUGCCUUUUCCCUUUAAAUUUGAAUUCUGGAGACUGUAAUUCAAAAAGUGUAUAGGUUCAGGAACGAAUGGCAAAAUGAUUUCCCAGCGUCUAACCUGAGACUGAAACAACUGAUAAUAUAAUAGCUAUGAGGUUAAGUGAGAUCACCGGACAUGAAGUUCAGAAGUCAGUUCAAACCUCUUUUUCAUAUACAUUUAGAUUAAUAUUUAUUUCGGUGUAAUUCAGAAAUUGCUUGGUAGCUAAUAAGGCUAUGAACCAGAAUAAAAAAUGUUUACCAGUCCUUCAACUAUAAUGGAAGGUUAAUAAAGCUUUGCCUGAGUAAAUAAGCA